AUUCGUGUACAACCCGGACGCCGAACGUUUCAAGGUUCGCUUUCUUCGCAUUCUCCUUGAUUUCAUUCUUUUUUAUUUUAAACAUGAACUUGAUUAUUCUUUCUCUAAGUUUUCGUCCCAAAUCACUAUAAACAAACUCCAUGAUAUGAUUAAGGGCUGUUUUUCCCAUGUUCAAGCAGUGCAUCUAAAAGCUUGGGAAAGUGUUUUUUUUUGUUCUUUUGGCUCAAGAAAUUGAAGCAGAUCAAUUCCGCAACGGUUCUGAGAGGACAGUCAUCUUAUGGUAUUCCAUUGCUUAAUCAGCUUAGUGGGAUAAUCAUGAUUGAUCAUCAGCAUAAUCCUGAGCAGUAUGCUGUUUAUUAGUAGUGUUUUGAUCGAAAACUUCCUGUUUGAUCGGUUGGUUGAUUAACGUUUUGAGUCAAUUGCCCUUGGAUCAUGACACAUAGAGUCAUUUUUGACGAUGUUUUAGCUUAGGGUGAAUAAUGGACUGAAAUGACACAUUAAAUUUCCUAUUCUUCUAACUCUCUAUGAAGUUUUGAGUAGCAAAUGCGUAGGGUCUAACAAAAUUGUCUUUGUUUUUUACGGAGUAAGCUGCGUACAGCCAUACAUCUUCACUCCGUGACUCCAAGCAUAGCUCGUUGUUGUGGUGGUGGAUCAUAUUAGCAUUUUAAAAAUACGGAGUAACAAAUUGUUGUUCGCAUUUUAGUUUAUUUUUGUAGCAUUUUACCAAGUUAUCAAACAUUAUUUUUAAAGCUGCUAGCUACUAGUCAACCUGCUAAUACGAAGUCUUCAAUGCUACUCCGUAUGUGCUAUUUGCCAAACAGGCCCAAAUGUGGUUGGUUGAUUUUUCUAAAUUAUCCCAUGAUUUGGGAACUUGCACCCACAAGUUCUCUGUAAAGUGUGUUUUUCAGAAGAGAAAAUUGCAUAGGACUAGCAGGAAAUUGUCAUCACUUGCUCUGAAGCCUGCUUCUUGGAGCAUUCAUCUCUCACAAAGUGUACGAUUUCAAAGACAUUCUCUUGAAUGCAGAUGCUAUCCAUUUAGCUGUAAUUCUUUCUUAACACCUAGCCAACCUCCUGACAUUCCAUAUAUAAAGAGUGUUGCUUCAACACUGACAAGAUCAUAUAAUGGUUUAGAAGUUAGCAGUACUGUUUUUAAGUUGAUUCCAGCAGUUGGCACCAUUAUUUUUUGUGUAUGGGGUGUGGGACCACUUUUGCGCCUUGGUAGAAAUGUAUUCCUUCAUAAGACUAACAGCAAUUGGGACAAGAGUGGCACUUAUUUUUUUAUGACAUCUUACCUUCAACCUUUUCUGUUGUGGACUGGAGCAAUGCUAAUUUGCAGAGCAUUGGAUCCAAUGAUGCUUCCAACAGAAGCUAGCCAAAUAAUUAAGCAGCGUCUUCUAUAUUUUGUCAGAUCACUGUCAACAGUGUUAGCUUUGGCUUAUUGUUUGUCUUGUGUAAUUCAGCAGGUGCAAAAGCUUUUCAUGGACACAAUUAGUCCCUCUGAUACUAGAAACGUGGGAUUCCAGUGUGCAGGAACAGCUUUAUACGCUGCCAUAUGGGUUGCUGCAGUGUCAUUGUUUAUAGAAUUGCUAGGUUUCUCUGCCAAGAAGUUGCUCACUGUUGGAGGGCUUGGGACAGUGCUGCUUACUCUUGCUUGUCGUCAGUGUAAUGAUCCAUGUGAAUCGGCCUUUUGUUGUGAAUGAUGUGAUUCGAACUACGAUUAAAGGCACAGAGGUUUCUGGAGCUGUUGAGCAUGUGGGCUGGUGGUCACCAACAAUUAUAAGAGGUGAAUAUGGGGAAGCUGUUUAUGUUCCAAACCAUCAGUUUACCGCUAAUAUUGUGAGGAAUCUCAGCCACAAAAGCCAUUGGCGUAUCAAAACUUACCUGGCGAUCAGUCAUCUGGAUUUCAGGAAAAUCAAAAAUAUUGUUGCCGACAUGCGGAAAGUUUUGGCAAAGAAUCCUCAGGUAGAACAAAAGAAGUUGCAUAGAAGAGUGUUCCUGGACAACAUUAAUCCAGAUAAUCAGGCUUUGACCAUCCUGGUAUCUUGCUUUGUAAAGACCUCACGCACAGAAGAGUACCUCUGUGUAAAGGAAGCCAUACUGAUGGAUCUACUGGGAGUUAUUCGACACCACCAAGCUCGAUUGGCCACUCCCAUCCGUACAGUCCAGACAGUUAGUGACACAGAGCUGCAUAACAUUCCACAUGUUCAUCCUGCUGGCCCCACCGAUAUCUUUCUCAACAAAGACUUCAAGACUACCAAGCAGUCAAAUUCUCAUUCAAAAUCUCCUGAUAUAGAUAAUGUCAUGAGAAACCGUAAAGGUAAGAGCAAAAAUUCAUCUGAUGCUGAACAAAAAAGUAUUUACUGGCCAUCCAUUUUAUGAUUGGUGCUCCUUCAUUAAGCAAACAUGCGCUUAAUGUGCCAUGUACAGUUUUUCUCGAAACCAUUGGUUCACCUGCGUAAGGCUAAAAGCCGUAUAAGUUUAGGUAGCUAAAAGCCGUCUACAAAGGAAUGCCACCUUUCCUCUUUUUUUUUUCCUUUCGAAUAUACAACUUUAUUUUCU